AUGAUUACUCGAAGCAGGUCUCUUCGAGCCUCGGGAAACAACAUUAUGAACCUUCCAUCCCUUUCAACGGACUAUGUCCCUAACGCCACUGCCAUCGACUCUGCGUCCGCUUCUAAUACCUUCGUCGCUACUCCUGUUCCCCUGGAUGUCACACCUGAUGAUGAGUCCGAUGACAAAUUUCAUGGAGAAGUACGAACGUAUCUUGACUAUACGUCUGAGAUACUAAGUGCACAGGCCGAAGAAGUCAAAUUGCUUCGUCGGGAAGUUGCGUCAGUCCGCGAAGAAAAUGCUGGCCUGAAAAUGCAAUACGAAGCAGACGUGACUGCCAGGAAAAAGGAGUAUCAAUGCCCAAUCUGCUAUGAGUUGGCCUGGGACUCAUACGUAUUGUCAUGUGGUCAUUCGUUCUGCGCGCGCUGCCUCAGUCAACUCAGAAUCACUGAUUUUCGAACGAAGGCGCGCAAUCCUGAAACUCACCUGGUGACCUGCUGUCCUCUAUGCCGCUCCGAAGUUCAUUUGAGGCCGCUCUUUUCCUACACCAUUCAACAAGGCGUGCAAUUCGUCGCUGAAGAGGCGGGCAUUGUCGCUCCUCCUUCUUUUAAACUUCGUUGGCCAUGGUAG